AUGGGAGACAUGCUAAAGAUAAUUCGAGAGGUUAUUCCCCCAUUAAAUAAUGCCCUGCAUAAAGGGCAGAUGGGUCGUAUAGGUGUUGUUGGUGGAUCGAAAGAAUAUACAGGCGCGCCUUAUUUCGCUGCAAUUACAGCUCUCUCUUGUGGAGCUGAUUUGGUGCAUGUGAUUUGUGCAGCCUCUGCUGCCCAAGCUAUCAAGUGCUACAGUCCUGAACUCAUAGUGCAUCCAACUUUAGACAAUGAUCUCACGGAGUCAGAAAAGUGGGCCUCUAAAAUGCACUCGCUAGUAAUUGGGCCUGGGCUUGGUGUGUCCGAAAAUAUGCUGAACACAAUAGAGAUAAUGAAGGAAUGUCGCAUUGCACGAAAACCCAUGGUCAUAGAUGCCGACGGUAUAUUUGUCGUUGCUAAGAACAGGGAAUUAGUUUCUGGAUAUAAAAGCGUCAUUCUAACUCCCAACGUUAACGAGUUUUCUCUUCUGUAUAAGACGAUCUUUGGCACAGGACCUUCUGAUGACCCACAGGAAACGUCUAAAUUAGCAGCUGCCUUGGGGAACCUUACUAUCAUCCGAAAAGGACCGAAAGAUAUCAUAUCGGAUGGAGAAAAUCUACUCUUCUGUGAUAUGGAAGGCUCUCCGAGGCGAUGCGGGGGACAGGGAGAUCUCCUCUCUGGUGCCGCUGCAGUCUUCUCUCAUUGGUUAUCGGAAAAACCUCUGGUGUGCUCACCUUCAGGCACAGUGGUCUCUGGUCUUGCCGCCUGUAUGUUGGCGCGGCGAUGUGCUGGACGUGCGUUCUCCAAGUACGGUCGUAGCACGGUGACGACGAAGAUGAUCGAUGAAAUUGCGACGGCGUUCGAUGAGUUGUUUGGGACCUAA